AUGUUGCGCAACGCAGCCAAUACGGCUCGCAAGACCGUCACGGAUCUCGCGCUGUAUCCGAAGCCCGGGUCCAAGCUGCAUGGCUUCACCCUCAUCCGAGCAAAGCACGUCCCGGAGCUGGAGUUGACGGCACUGCAGCUGCAGCACGACAAGACCGGCGCCGACUAUCUGCAUAUUGCGCGUGAUGACACCAACAAUGUCUUCUCCAUCGGCUUCAAGACGAAUCCCCCCGAUGAUACCGGCGUUCCCCACAUUCUGGAGCAUACCACUCUUUGCGGCAGCGAGAAGUAUCCUAUUCGCGACCCAUUCUUCAAGAUGCUCCCUCGGACGCUCUCCAACUUCAUGAAUGCAAUGACGGCUUCAGAUCAUACCUUUUAUCCCUUCGCAACCACGAACGAGCAGGACUUCAAGAACCUCAUGUCCGUGUACCUCGACGCCACACUUCAUCCCUUGUUAAAGCAAUCCGACUUUCUCCAGGAAGGGUGGCGAAUUGGACCCGAGAAUCCAUCGGCUGAAGACGCAGAGGGCAAAAGGCUCGUUUUCAAGGGCGUCGUGUACAACGAGAUGAAGGGGCAGAUGUCGGAUGCAGGAUACCUUUACUACAUUCGAUUUCACGAUCACAUCUUCCCCGAUAUCAACAACUCUGGCGGCGAUCCUCAGAAAAUCACGGACCUUACCUACGAGCAACUCAAGAACUUCCAUGCUGAAAACUACCAUCCGAGCAACGCCAAGCUGUUCACCUACGGAGACAUGCCUCUGGCCGACCACCUGCGAGAGGUUGACGCCAGGCUUCAGGCAUUUGAGAAGAUUGCCAAGGACAAGGUCAUCCACUUGCCCAUCGAGCUGAAUGGCCCCAAGGAAGUCACCCUCCAUGGGCCGUUGGAUCCAUUGGUUGCUCCGGACCGACAAUACAAGACGUCAGUGUCUUGGAUAACAGGUGACACUACGGAUGUAGUGGAGUCGUUCUCCGUAUCACUGCUUUCUACACUGUUGAUGGAUGGCUACGGUUCGCCGUUGUACCGUGGCUUGAUUGAGGCUGGCAUGGGCGCCGACUGGAGCCCCAACGCAGGCUACGACAGCUAUGCGAAGCGUGGCAUCUUCUCAAUCGGCCUCACUGGCGUUCAAGAGUCCGAUGUUCCCAAGGUCAAGGGCAAGAUUCAAGAGAUCCUGCGCGAAGUGAGGGAUAAAGGCUUCGACCAGGGCAAGAUUGAUGGCACGCUGCACCAGCUGGAGCUUUCCCUCAAGCACAAGACGGCCAACUUUGGUUAUUCUAUGCUCAACAGACUGAAGCCGAAGUGGUUUAAUGGCAGCGAUCCCUUCAACCAAUUGGCCUGGAAUGACACCAUUGCUGGUUUCCAGGCCAAGAUGGCCGAGGGCGGUUACCUUGAAGGCCUGAUGGACAAAUACCUGCUCAACGACAACACCUUGACUUUCACUAUGGCACCGUCAGCAACUUUCGGCGAGGAUCUGAUUGCUGAGGAACAGGCGCGACUAUCUUCCAAAAUCCAGGACGCCGUGAAGAAGGCCGGUGACGAGGAGGCUGCUCGCCUGCAGUUCGAGAAGCAGGAGCAGGACCUGCUGGUGGAGCAAAACAAGACGAAUACCGAAGACCUGAGCUGCCUGCCAACUGUCCAUGUCAAGGACAUUCCGAGAUCAAUCGAGCCGACGGUAGUGCGAGACGAAUUUGCGGAUGGUAUCCCGAUCCAAUGGCGAGAGGCGCCGACCAAUGGCCUCACUUACUUCCGCGCCAUCAACACGCUGGAAGGUCUGCCCGAUGAUCUUCGAGAGCUUAUUCCCCUGUUUACGGACAGCAUUAUGCGUCUUGGCACAAGAGACAUGACGAUGGAGCAGCUCGAGGAUCUCAUCAAGCUCAAGACGGGCGGCGUUUCUGUCGGCUAUCAUUCCACGGCUUCGCCCACGGACUUUACGCAGUCGAGCGAAGGCAUUAUCUUUACUGGCAUGGCACUUGACAGGAACGUACCGGUCAUGUACGACAUUCUGCGCAAGUUGGUGCAGGAGACCGACUUCGACAGCCCGGAGGCCUCGCUACGGAUUCGACAGCUGCUGCAAGCUUCAGCCGACGGUGUUGUCAACGACAUCGCCUCAUCCGGACAUCGAUUUGCGAUGGGUCACGCCGAGUCGAGCCUGACCCGCAGCGCUUGGCUACGGCAGCAGGUGGCUGGCUUAUCACAGGUUAAGCUGGUCACCUCGUUGACGAGCAGGCCUGAAUCCGAUCAGCUGGAGGAUGUCAUUGGCAAGCUCAAGCGGAUCCAAGAGUUCGCCCUGACCCGAGGCAAGAUGCGCACUGCCCUUACGUGCGGCACCGAGCACGUGGAAGAGAACCUGAACUCGCUGAAGAGCUUUACGGGGGCGCUGCCUCGAGAGGCAUCAGGGAUGCCGCACACCAGCCCGUCACCCCUCCCGAAAGAUAGCAAGGCCUUCUUCCCUCUGCCAUAUCAAGUCUACUACGGAGGCCUCUCUGUCUCCACAACAUCCUAUACGUCACCCGAAGGUGCGCCGCUGCAGAUUCUUGCACAGCUGUUAACACAUAAGCACCUUCACCACGAAAUUCGAGAGAAGGGUGGUGCGUAUGGCGGUGGAGCUUAUUCAAAGGCCCUGGAUGGCCUCUUUGGAUUCUAUUCGUAUCGCGACCCUAACCCACAAAACACGCUGGGCAUCAUGCGCAAUGCUGGCCGGUGGGCAGUGGAGAAGCAAUGGAGCGAUCGCGACCUGGAGGAAGCCAAGAUUUCCGUUUUCCAGGGAGUCGACGCUCCGAAGUCGGUGAACCAAGAGGGCAUGGCGAGGUUCUUGUCCGGUAUCACAGAGGAGAUGAAGCAGAGGAAGAGAGAGCAGUUGUUGGACGUGACGAAAGACCAAGUCAGAGACGUGGCACAAAAGUACCUUGUUGAUGCUAUCGAAAGGGGAGAGGAGCGCACAACCUUUUUGGGAGAAAAGCAGGGCUGGGUUGACGGAACCUGGACCGUCCAUGAGAUGAACGUCAACGGCUCUCAGGAAUAUUCUUAA